GUCAAACCACUGCCAAAGAAGUUUCUGGCACAGAGAAACCUGGUGGUCAUAACAUGAGAGGCGUUCUGCAUUGCUGUGUGACCAUUGUCCUGCUGCUGUCCGUGGCAUGGGCUGCCCCACAUGAGGGCCAUGACCAUGACCACGACCACCUCCACCACGGCAAGGACGAGCCGCACCCGCACCAUGGUGGCGCAGAUGCACUCUGCCACAAGCUGAGUCCACACAACGCCGACUUCGCCUUCGCCCUUUACAAGAAGCUGAACGCGCUGCCCGACGCAUGCUCCAAGAACGUCUUUUUCUCGCCCGUGGGCGUCUCUCUUGCCCUGUCUAUGCUGGCUCUGGGUGCUAAGGGCGAGACGCUCUCGCAGCUUUACGCCACGCUGGGCUACAGCAGUCUGACCCCAGCAGAGGUCAACGAGGGCUAUGAGCACAUGCUCCACAUGCUGGGCCACGCGCAGGGGGACAUGCAGCUGGACGCCGGCGGCGCACUGGCCAUCAAGGAUGGGUUCAAGGUCCUGGACAAAUUCCUGGAGGACGCCAAGCACUACUUUGAGAGCGAGGCGUUCAACGUGGAUUUCUCCAAGCCCGAAGUGGCAGUGCAGGAGAUCAACAAGUUCAUCGCCAAGAAGACCAACAACAAAAUCAAUGACAUGGUGUCCAGUUUGGAUCCAGACACCCUCGUGAUGCUGAUCAGCUAUGUCCACUUCAGAGGCAAAUGGGAGAAGCUCUUUGAUGAGAAGUUCACCCGCAAGGCAGACUUCCACGUGGACGAGAAGACAAAAGUGACAGUGGACAUGAUGCAACGGACCGGCCGCUACGACUUCUAUGAGGACUCGGACAACUUCACCACGGUGCUCAUGCUGCCCUACAAGGGGAACGCCUCCAUGAUGAUCGUGCUGCCACACGAAGGGAAGAUGAAGGAGGUUGAGGCCAUGAUCUGCAAAGAUCACCUCAGACACUGGCAUGACAACCUCUUCAGGAGCUCUGUUGAUGUCUUCCUGCCAAAAUUCUCCAUCUCUGCUGAUUACCCGCUCAAAGAAAUUCUGACAGAGAUGGGAAUGGUCAACGCAUUCACAGAUGCAGCAGACUUCUCCGCCAUGGCAGAGGAGAAGGUCAAGGUGUCGAAGGUGGCCCACAAAGCAGUCCUGAGUGUUGACGAGAAGGGCACUGAGGCGGCUGCGGUCACCACCAUUGAGAUCAUGCCCAUGUCCCUCCCCAACAUCAUCAACCUCAACAGGCCUUUCCUGGUCUUCAUCUUGGAGGACAGCACCAAGACCAUCCUGUUCAUGGGCAAAAUAACUAACCCAACAGCCUAGACUGAGCUGUGCCAAAAGAGAAGUCUUUAAAGAAGAGUCUCGCUCUCUCCCUCUCCCUCUGUGUGUGUGUGUGUGUGUGUUUCUUCAACAUGGGAGUGUUAUUGUUCAUAAAAGCUACUGAUAUGCAGUAUUAUGUCUUCUUGGUGACACUGUAAUCUUGACCUAUAUCUUGGGACCAAAUAAAGAAUAACAAGUGUUUACAAUAAA